AAUCGUCGCCCUUAUGGACUUCGAUUGAAAAUUAUAUAGAGUAUAUUAAUAAUAUCAUGAAAUCAAGAAUUUGCAUGAAAAGCAUUAGUUGUUUUUUAAUACAAUAGUGUCAACUAGGAAUGAUCCUGUCAACGAAAUAAAAACCUUGAUUAUUUAAAAAGUACCUGGCCAGCAAAUAAAACAAUAAAAAUCGAUUAACACAAUCAAAUAUCGAAGCCGGAGUCCAUUGCCCACACGAUUUUUAAAUUCAAUAAACCCUUCUGUACUGACUACACCAAUGUCGGAACACUAAUCAUACUUUUCAGAAACUUAAUCAAAAAAAUAAAGUGCAGCCGUAUAGAAAACAGUAAGUAUAAAUAUCAAUGUUUGACCGUUGCAAAAAAUAUUUUAAAAAGGCUGUUAAACGAUAAAUCGAUCUUCACAACAAAUGAAUGGCAAAGUAUCAUUGUGAAAAAUCAACAAUAUUGGCACUUAAUUGUAACGGGUGUGUUGGUUAGGAUUGUCCCAAAAAAGAUAAGAAAGGCGAACUUCUUUGACCUGACAUUUUAUGAUGACGUUGUUUUCGACGAUGCCUUUUAUUACUUCAGAGCACAUUUGAAAACUAUUCUUUUGUAGUGCCGACAGAUUUUAGCACUUCGCUACUUUUUGAAACACACCUGAGAACUGUGUCUCAUUAACUUUGACAAACGUCAAAAGCCUUGCAAACUUCAUACAAAAACACCGAUUAUCGUCAUCGUUACGGUUAAAGUUACGUGGUGCAACCCAGCCUAAGCUAAUAAGGAUUUCAAAAAAGAAGUCACGAGUAUCGCCCAGAAGGCUGCCAUUUUACUAAUGCUUUGGCAUGUACAGUCGCCUAAACGUCAAAAGUCUAUUAUAUCAAGUUUUAAAGAAAUUCACGGUUUUUCCGCGGGUGGUGAAAAAACUUUAAAAAUAAACCAUUUACAAUAGUUGAAAAUGAAGGAUUUCGCAAUUUGAUUAAAGUUGUUGCGCCACAUUAUAAACUUCCCAAUAAGACGACGUUGACUCGAUGGGUUGAUAAUAAAUACGCAGCAUUAUCAACAGUCUUCAAAGAAAAAAUAUCAAAUAUUGAAAACUUUACUCUUACUACUGACGUGUGGUCUGAAACAAUGAGCAUGAGAAGUUUUUUAGGAAUAACAGCACACUUCGGUGUUGGUAAUGAAUUAUUUUCAAUAACUCUUGGAGUGUACCAGUCAAAUGAACGUCAUACUUCAGAACACAUCGCUGAAAUGUUGCUUCAAACUUGUACCGAAUGGGGUAUUGACAAAGAUACAGUUUCGGCUGUAGUGACUGACAACGCAGCCAACAUGGUAAAGGUCAUCGAUUUGGCUUUUGGAAAAAAACACAUACCAUGUUUGCACACACUGAAUUUGGUGGCACAAAAUUCUAUGCAACAGUGUACUGAGCUGCGAAACUUGAUAACUAAAGUCAAAGAUAUUGUGACAUGGUUCAAACAGAGCAAUAUAGCCAGUAACGAAUUACGUAAUGCAACCCAGAAAGAAACUAAAUUGAUACAAGAGGUUUCAACCAGAUGGAAUAGUACAUAUUAUAUGAUUUAAAGAUUUUUGGACCUUCGCACUAUCGUUAAUAACAUAAUCAUUCGGCAUAAAAAUGCACCACCGAUGCUUACUGCGUCAGAACUCUCAAUUCUUUCUUCGGUUUUACAAGUUCUGCGACCGAUCGAAGCUGCAACUAAGGAAGUGUCAGGGGAUAAGUAUUGCACUAGUAGCAAGGUAAUACCACUUAUCCAUUGCCUUCUUUUGAAAGUUAAAACACUCAGACUCGUAGAAUCUCUUGUCAAAGAAUUAUAGUCAUUGGUUCUUAAAGAAAUUGACAAGAGAAUGGGUGUUAUAGAGAGAGUGACUCCUCUCGCCAUAGCCACGAUAUUAGAUCCGAGGUUUAAAAAAAUGCAUUACCCACUUGCUUGCUCUUCAGCUGCGGCAAAAGUCAAAGAAUUUGUGAAAACUACAAUACAAAAUGAGGCCGCGGUGGAAUCUGAUUCUUCAGAUCAUUCUGACAAACCAGAAGAUAACUUUUCUUUAUAGGAUGAUCACCACAAAUUGGUACACAAGAGCUGGAAAACGGCGAAGUCUGACGAUACUAAAAUCAAAAUCAAAAUCAAAAGUAUUUAUUCAGUUUAGACCACAAGUGGCACUUAUGAACUAUAUGAUACUAUUUCUGAAGAGCUGUCUAUUUACUUGCGUAGUCCAGUAGGAAGACUUAAUGAGAACCCAUUGGAAAUAUGGAACGAUCUGAAGAUUCAACUUCCUAAACUUAAUAAAAUUGCUUACAAAUACUUGACCAUGGUGGGAACGUCAGUACCGUCUGAGCGUUUAUUUUCUAAAGCAGCUCAAAUCGUCACUCAGCAAUGAAACAGACUGAAA